AUGUUGAAUAGGAGACCAAAAUCAAGACUUGUGUCAUUCGAUGCAUUUACCAAGACAGAAGAAGAUGUUCGUAUCCGUACAAAUACAGGUGGGUUGAUUACUAUCUUGUCCAUGAUUAUUGGAUUAAUGCUACUCUCGCGAGAAUGGUAUCAGUUCAAUGAAUUGAGUAUUGUCCCGCAGGUGGUCGUUGAUAGAGACCGUCACUUGAAGUUGGAUUUGAAUUUCGAUAUUACAUUCCCCUACAUAUCAUGUGAUAUUUUGACAAUGGAUAUAAUGGAUCAAGCUGGUGACCUUCAGUUAGAUUUACUUGAAUCUGGAUUUACAAAGACUCGUGUUGCUGUAGACGAACUAGGACGUAUCCAUGACAUUGAAUCCAGUGUGGAAGAAUUCCAACCUGGUGGGGUUAAAAAGGAACAAAAUGAGAAGAGACGUGACACCAGUGAAUAUUGUGGAUCAUGCUAUGGUGCAAUAGAUCAACAAAAUAAUAAUAAUAAUAAUAAUGAAAACUUAGAUAAUAAUAAUAAUAGAGAGCGUGUCUGCUGUCAAACAUGUGAUGAAGUCCAUGAAGCAUAUUUGAAAGCAGGCUGGGCAUUUUAUGAUGGUGCAGAGAUUGAACAAUGUGAAAGGGAAGGGUAUGUUUCAAAAAUUAGAAACCACAUUAAUGAAGGGUGUCGUGUAAAGGGGAAAGCUAAAUUAAAUAGAAUAGAUGGUGAGAUCCAUUUUGCACCAGGGAAAUCAUAUGAAAAUUACAAUCUAAACAGAAGAACUAUAAGUACCCAUGUCCACGAUACAUCAUUAUACUUCAAAUAUGGACAACUAAACUUCAAUCAUAUUAUUAAUCAUUUUAGUUUUGGUUCCAAAGUGGAAAAUAUAGAUAAGAUUAAAUUUCAUGGUGCAAAGCAAGGUAAUGGUAUUAACAACAAGGGUGACAAUUAUGAUAAUGACGGUGGUGCCAAUUUAUCCACAAUGGUUUUAAGUCCGAUGGAUGGUAGAGUUGUGAUGCCCAAGAAUAGAGAAUCUCAUUACAUGUUAUACAGUUAUUUUGCCAAAAUUGUGCCUACAAGAUAUGAGUAUUUCAAUAGUAGAAGAAAAAGCGUGGAGACUGCUCAAUUUAGUGUCACAUAUCAUGAUAGAUCUUUAAGAGGUGGCAGAGAUGAAGAUCAUCCAACAACAUUGCAUGCUAGAGGAGGAAUUCCAGGUGUUUACAUUAGAUAUGAGAUGUCACCAGUGAAGGUGAUUAACAGAGAAGCAUAUAUUAAGAGCUGGUCUAAUUUCUUACUUGGUUGUAUUACUACAAUUGGUAGUGUAUUGGCUGUGGCUACUGUGUCUGAUCGCGUCUUUUAUAAGGCCCAACAAAAAUUAUUGGGUAAAAAACGCAAGUAA